AUGAAGACGAGAAACGGCGGCGUAAGACCGCAGCCUGUAGCGAAGUUUCCCUGCAAGAAGUGUAAGACAGAUGUCGCAGCACAUCAGCAUGCGAUACAAUGCGAUGACUGCAUUUCCUGGUACCACAGAUCUUGUUUAGAGGAAGGUAUAACCUUGGAGCAGUACACCCAAAUGAUGGACAAUGACGGACCAGUACUGGAGUGGAGGUGCCCCGAGUGUACAUUCGACCGUCAAUUGCGUGAAGACAUCCCAUUGGCCGAGAGUACUCAUCGCUCAUUUGAACACAUCUGUCAAGGCAAUGCAUCGACCAACAACACUGGACUGACUGACCUACUAAUUGCGAUAUAUGAACAUGGUGACGCAGAUAAAAGAUUGACUGACCUGCUAAAUGCGGUAGACGAACUUAAUGGUAGCCCUAAUCGUACCGAAACAUCGGCGGACGUCUGUGUAGAUGCAAGUUUCGAGAAUGGAAACGAAAUUCUCGAUUACGCCGAUGUUGGAGAGGACAACGGAGAUGUGGUGGACAGAGUCGUCGAAUACAAGAUUGUCGAGGGGUCGACACAAAGACAGCGAUCUAAACUUGUAGACUCUAACGGAUACUCUUAUGUUCUGAAGCUAAAGAGGACUGGCGUAACAUAUUGGCGAUGUUGUGUUCAGAAUGCAGUGAUGAAGUGUCCCGCGACUGUUGUCCAAAAGGGUGGGGACUUUCGUCGAGGACCCAGCAACCACCAACAUGAAGCGCAACCUGGGACUGCUACAGUCAACAACUUGAUAACCAACAUUAAAAGCGCAGCUACGGAGAAUGUGUUUCGACCAGCUCCGGAAUUGGUCAACGCGGCUUUACUCAGCACCGUAGACGAAGGUCCGACGCUCCCAAAACCUGUAAACUUGGCGCGGAUGGCGAAUCGAGCACGGCAACGACUGCAGCCGGAAGAACCAAAGGAUCUGGACUUCGACCUUUUGCGAGGCCUUUAUACCAGAAGGUAUAAUUAUUAUUAUAAUAAUUAUGUUAUAAUUAUCUUCAACGUAUUUAAUUCAAUUCCCAAUUGAAAAUUAAUCCUAAGAGGCUUAAUUUAAAACAUAAAUCAUUUAAUAAACAAUUAUAGCAACAAUUUUGAAGUAUACGAUAUCCUUCAUUUUUUAAAUUAUUUAUUCCAAUUAUUUAUUAAUUAUAUGGUAACAAUAAUAAUAAUAUCAGCAAAAAUUUGAACAAUACAUAAUGUUGCUAAGACUAAUAAUUAA